GCAAACGUUUGGCCAACCCAAACAGACCCUCUCCAACUCUCGCUCUAACUCUCUGAAGUCGCUGCGGGGAUUCUGUCUUUCCCAUUACAGCUUGUUACAAUGGAAACCUUCCUAUUCACUUCCGAAUCUGUCAAUGAGGGACACCCAGACAAGCUCUGCGAUCAGGUUUCUGAUGCAGUACUAGAUGCCUGCCUCGCACAAGAUCCUGACAGCAAGGUCGCCUGUGAGAGUUGCACCAAGACCAACAUGGUCAUGGUCUUUGGUGAGAUCACAACCAAGGCAAAGGUAGACUAUGAGAAGAUUGUACGCGACACAUGCCGUACAAUUGGAUUUGUUUCCGAUGAUGUUGGCCUUGAUGCUGACAACUGCAAGGUUCUAGUCUAUAUUGAGCAACAGAGCCCUGAUAUUGCCCAGGGUGUCCAUGGCCACCUUACCAAGCGUCCUGAGGAGAUUGGUGCUGGUGACCAGGGUCACAUGUUUGGCUAUGCCACUGAUGAAACCCCUGAACUGAUGCCUCUGAGCCAUGUGCUUGCAACAAAGCUUGGUGCCCGCCUUACAGAAGUCCGAAAAACUGGAACCUGCCCAUGGUUGAGACCCGAUGGAAAAACACAAGUCACUGUUGAGUACCAUAAUGACAAUGGCGCAAUGGUUCCAAUUAGAGUCCACACUGUACUCAUUUCUACUCAGCAUGAUGAGACUGUCACUAAUGAUGAGAUUGCUGCUGACCUCAAGGAGCAUGUCAUUAAGCCCGUCAUCCCCGAGAGGUACCUUGAUGAAAAGACCAUCUUCCAUCUCAACCCAUCUGGACGUUUCGUCAUUGGUGGACCUCAUGGUGAUGCAGGUCUGACUGGUCGUAAAAUCAUCAUUGAUACUUAUGGUGGUUGGGGUGCUCACGGUGGUGGUGCCUUCUCUGGAAAGGACCCGACCAAGGUUGACAGGAGUGGUGCCUAUAUUGUUAGGCAAGCUGCCAAGAGCAUUGUUGCCAGUGGGCUUGCACGCAGGUGCAUUGUGCAGGUCUCUUAUGCCAUUGGUGUGCCUGAGCCAUUGUCAGUGUUUGUUGACACUUACGGCACUGGCAAGAUCCCAGACAAGGAGAUUCUCAAGAUCGUGAAGGAGAGUUUUGAUUUCAGGCCUGGAAUGAUUGCGAUCAACCUGGAUCUCAAGAGAGGGGGCAAUGGAAGAUUCUUGAAGACGGCUGCAUAUGGUCAUUUUGGAAGGGAUGACCCUGACUUCACAUGGGAGGUGGUUAAGCCCCUCAAAUGGGAGAAGCCCCAAGAUUAAGUUUCUACUGUUUAAUUGUUGCAGGUGAUCAAUAAUGUGUUUGUUUUUUGUUACUGUUCUCUUGCCCAUGAAUCCACUCGGAGUUUGCUUGUCAUUGUGUUCUAUCUUUUUUCUUCCUUCUUUUUCUUUUUGUCUUUUUGGCAUGUCAUGGUCAUAAGGAUAUGUGGAGAUUGGGAGAUAUAUGGAAAGUCUUGUGGCAGUUGAUGAAAACAUUUAGAGAGCAGCUGAUGAGAUUAUGAUAUUAUGAUGGUGCUUUCUCUUGUGGUGUUUACCUCAUCAAACAUUCAAAAUGUAAUGGCUUCGCCGGUCAAUUCCGAAAACAUGAAUGUGGAUUUUUUUCCCUUUUUUUUUUUUGUAAAAAAAGUUGUUGUUUCAUAAGCUCAAGAGAGCCCAUACAUGUUUCAUAGUCACUCAUUCCUUGUUUUGGUGAGUUCAGUUUUGUUGAUACCAUAAGGGUUUGGAUUUAAGAAAAAUAAUC